AUGGUGACUCCCAAAGUUCUGGGAGUGCAGAGAGACGCUUCAACCGAGGACAUUAAAAAAGCUUACCAUAAAGUGGCACUUAAAUGGCAUCCUGAUAAAAAUCCAGAAAAUAAAGAGGAAGCAGAGCAAAAAUUCAAAGAAGCAGCUGAGGCAUAUGAAGUAUUAUCAAAUGGCAAAAAGUGGGACAUUUGUGAUAAGUACGACAAGGAAGGAUUGAAUGGUGGAAGCCAUCUUGAUGAUGAAUGUGAGCAUGGUUUCACAUUCCAUAAGGCAGAUGAUGUCUUUAAAGGAAUUUUUGGUGAAAGGAAUCUAUUUUCAUUUCACUUCUUUGAAGACUCAAUGGAGGACCUUAUAAGCAGUCCAAGAAGCUUCAGCAGAAGCAGCUGAGGAACAGGAUCCCUUUUCUCCAUGUCCCAUGAACAUCCUGUUUUUUCGAGACUUUCCUCUUAUGACACAGGAUAUACACUCUACGUUUCACCGGGGCAUGAGGGCCUUCCUGCAUUCUCUUCCCUGGCAUUUGAUGAUACUGGGAUGGGCAACUACAUAUCUGUUACACCUCCAGGCAAAACUGUUAGUGGCAGAAAUAUUAAUGCAAAGAAAAAUUUUGAGAAUCGUUAAGAAAGAGAAGCUGAAGAGGGUGGUGACUUGAAAUCCUUUCUUGCAAACUGUGUAACAGAUGAAGAAGGCUUUGCAGAAAGAUGCAACUGGAGGAGGCAAUCAUUCAACAACUAUUCACCAAAUGUCUACAGCCCGCCAAAUAUAUCUCAAUACACCCUUGUGGACAACAAUGAGCAAGGCACACCAUGGGUCACCAGCAAGAAGGAACCUUCCAGUUUCUCAGCAGGAUUCAAAGGUGGUAGGAGAAAACAAAAGAAGCACAGAGAGGUGCAAAAGAAGUCAAACAAAAGGAAUCGCUAA